AUGGGAGACAAUAAAACUGGAGGAAUAGUAGCGGCUGCAAAGAACCGUCUGCAGGUGGUGAAGGGGUUAGAGGACAUGGUGGUGUGUGAGUGUGAGAGCUGCUCCCUCGAGGUGACCCUCAACCUGGCCUACAUAGAGGGUGUGUGGACUAGGGACGGGACCCAGCUCAAGUCUAAGCCCACCUGUCGUAUCAGCACCCACGGGAAAAGACACAGCCUCAUACUGACCAGGGUGGCUUUGGGAGACGCAGGCCUGUUCUCUUUUCAGGCCAAUGGCAUUCAGACCUCAGGGAGACUCAUUGUCACAGCCAGAGACAUAUACAUAGUGAAAGAGCUGGAGGAUGUUGAGACAAUGGAGCGUCAAACUGUAAACUUCCUGUGCGAGGUCAACCAGGUGGAUGUGGACGGCCGCUGGUACAGAGAUGACAGCAGGAUCCGGCCUGGAGACAACAUCAAGAUCAGACAGCAGGGUAAAACUCAUACCCUCACCUUCAAGUCAGUCAGGCCAGAGCAUGCUGGGGAGAUCAGAUUCACUGCAGAGCGGGUCUCAUCCUAUGCAACUCUCACAGUAAAAGAGCUACCGGUCCAAAUAGUGCGUCCUCUGAGGGUCAAGAUAGCCAUGUAUCGCCAUCGGGGACUGCUGGAGUGUCAGGUGUCACGACCCAAUGCGCAGGUCAGGUGGUACAAGAACAGAAAGGAGCUGCUGCCGGGUAAGAAGUACCAGCUAAUCAGCCAGGACGUCUACAGGCAGCUGACCAUCGAUGACGUUUGCUCCUCAGAUGAGGACACAUACACCUGUGAUGCAGGGGAUGACAAAACCUCUUGUCAGCUUCUGGUGGAGGAGCAGGCUAUCAGUAUAGUGCGGGGGAUGAGCUCAGUGGAGGUGAUGGAGCCACAGGCAGCUCUGUUCAAGGUGGAGACCAGUCUGAAGUCGGGGAGGGCCCCAAAGUGGACCCUGAAUGGGGAUUUACUGGAACCAAGCCCCAUGAUGAUGAUGGAAAGGCAGGGCACCCUCCACAGCCUCAGGAUCGCCUCCACAGACAGCUCCAUGUCCGGGCCCGUGCUCUUCGUUGCUGGCAAGAGCCGCUCCACUGCUCAGCUUACUGUCAAGGAACGCCCUCUUCAGGUUGCCCACCCCUUGGAAGAUGUGGAGGCUAAGGAGAACAGCCCUGUAACUCUGAGCUGUGAGUUUGUCCCAUCUCCCAGGGUGGUGCGUUGGUUUAAAGGUCGAACAGCCCUAAAGACCUCGAACAAGUACAGCAUGAAGAGAGAGGGGAAACGUGCAGAACUGACCAUUCAUGGCCUGACAGGGAUGGACGCAGGGCAGUACCGCUGCAUGGCUGGAGGGUCACAGAGCUCGGCAAAGGUUAAGGUAGAAGUACGAAUGCUGAAGUUCAUCAAACACCUUGAACCGGUGGAAAUCGAGGAAGAUGGCAACGCCACGUUCUCAUGUGAGCUCAACUACGUGGUCGCCAAUGUCGAGUGGCUCCUCAACAACGUCCGCCUCUAUUCCAACUCCAUCAACAGGAUCCAGCACAUGGGCACUAUGCAUAGUCUCACCAUCAAGAAGCUCUGCCCACAGGAGAGCAGGGUUACCUUCAAAACAGGCCUUGUUACAGAGACAACCACCCUACAAGUCAAAGAGCGCCCUGCAGUGUUCCUGAGGUCUCUGGAGGAUGCAGUAGGAGAAGAACAAGGGGACAUCUGCCUGCACUGUGAAGCAUCCAAGGAGAGAGUGACCCCCAUUUGGAGGAAAGAUGGUAUGGUCCUGACCGCCAGUGACCGACAUGAGUUGCUCCAGUAUGGGAAGUCCAUGGCCCUGAUUAUUCACUGCCUGAGCAAGGAUGACGCUGGACACUACACAUGUGACCUGGGCACCAGUCAGAGCAAGGCGAAAGUCAUUGUACAUGACUUGCACAUCACCAUAGCCCAGCGUUUGAAGACAGUGUCUGUCCUUGAGGGCGAAUGCUGCUCUUUUGAGUGUCUCCUCUCUCAUGACCUCACUGAUGAACCUUCCUGGACCAUCAACGGCCAGCUGGUUGUCACCAACAGCCAUAUCCAGCUCCUGAGGAAUGGCCGCACAUACAAGAUGGCCAUCAGAGAUGCUAUCCUCACUGAUGCUGGAGAUGUGAUCUUCACAAUUAAAGACCUAAGCUGCAGGACCAUGCUCUUUGUUAAAGAGAAGCCAGUGCAUAUCUUCAGGGACAUGCUCAAUGUUAAAGCAGUGCCUGGCGAGGAUGCAGAGCUAAGCUGUGAGAUCACCAAACCGGAAGCCACCAUCCGCUGGAUGAAGAAUGGCCAUGUGAUCAGACAGAACCCCAAGUAUGAAAUAAAUGUCGAGAAGCACUUGGUGCGCUUGGUGAUCAAAAACGCCACCAUCAGAGACUCUGGGGAGUACUGCUGUGAGGCCGAUGGCAUUUCCACGCGUGCCAAGCUAGAGAUCAGAGAGCUCCAGCACACAUUUGCACAGGAGUUACGGGACACACGGGCAGAGGAAAAGGCUAAAGUGACCCUGGAGUGUGAGACCAGGCAGCCGGCCAAGAAAGUGAAAUGGCUGAAGGGCAUGGUGGAGCUGAGGCCUGGUAGGAAGUAUACCAUGAGGCAGAAGGGUGUGGUGCUCUCGCUGACCAUCACCAGUCUGGAGAAAUCUGACACAGAUGUUUACAUAUGUGAUGUUGGCACCAUGCAGAGCCGGGCAUUGCUGACUGUACAGGGCCAGAAGGUACUGAUCAUGGAUGAGCUAGAGGAUGUUGAGUGUUUAGAGGGCGAUACAGUCAUGUUCAAAUGUCGGAUCUGUCCCAGCGAUUAUACCGAGGUCAAGUGGUACUUGGAUGAGACCCUGCUCUACACCAAUGAUCUCAAUGAAAUACAGAUAGUUCCAGGAGGCUACCACACUCUUACUUUCAGGCAGCUGGCCCGCAAAGACACUGGCACUAUAUCAUUUGAGGCAGGGGAUAAGAGAUCCUAUGCCUCGCUGCUGGUUAGAGAGAGGCGUCCCACCAUUAUCAAAUCACUGGAGGACUGUGAGGCCAUUGAGGGAGGUGGCUUGGUGUUGUCCUGUGUGACUUCCAAGCCAUGCCACAUCCUGUGGUACAAAGAUGGCUGCCUGAUGUGGAACUCCUCGAGGUACUUCGCCAGCCGCUCAGGCUGUGAGGCACGGCUGACCAUACGAGAGGUCUGCAACAGUGAUGCUGGGGUGUAUGAGUGCAGUGCUGGAUCUGUUACCACCAGGGCUGUUGUAACGGUCAAAGCCAUCCCAGCAGAAUUCACCCAGCCUCUGACGCCUGUGGAGGCCAAAGAAGGGGAGACUGUGACCCUGACCUGUGAAUACUCUCUGCCUGGAGUCUUGUUCCACUGGAAGAGAGGGUACGAGAGCCUCAGGUCUGGAGACAAGUAUGUGAUGAGACAGAGGAAGACAACCAUCUCUUUAACCAUCACAACCCUGAAGCCUGAGGACUCAGGGGAGUACACCUGCCAGUGCCGAGACCACCGCACAACAGCUAGCCUCAAAGUCCAUGAUAUACCCAUUACAUUCAGACAACAGCUGAGAAACAUGCAAGCAGAGGAGGGCAACAAUGUCAUGUUGCGCUGUGAGCUUUCUAAACCGGGAGUGCCAGUGCAGUGGAUGAAGGGAGAAGAGCUGCUGAAGAACGGGGUUAAGUACCAGAUAAGGAAGAGGGAGACCACCCUUGAGCUCCUUAUCUGGAAGCCUGUGCCCGAGGAUAGCGGCGUCUACAGCUGUGUGUGUGCUGAUCAGAAGACAUCUGCCACUGUCAAAAUCACUGCUCUUCCAGUCACUUUCAAGCAGAAGCUGAGGAAUGUGCUAAUCGAGGAGGGCAACAGUGCAACUCUACGCUGUGAGCUGUCCAAACCUGGUCACACGGUGGAGUGGAGGAAGAGCGGGACUGAACUCAUCAGGAAUGGAGAGAGGCAUCAAAUACGCCAGAGAGACACACUAAUCGAACUGAAGAUCCUUGAUGUGACACCAGAUGACAGCGAUAUCUACACGUGCAUUUGUGGAAGCAUUGAGACUACGGCGACCCUGACUGUGCAGGCUCUUCCCAUCACGUUCAAACAAAAGCUGAGGAACCUUCAAGUUGAGGAAGGGAACAACAUCACGUUGCAGUGUGAGAUCUCUAAACCUGGCAUCCCAGUGGAGUGGAGGCUUGCAGGAGAUCUGCUGGAGAAUGGAGAGAAGUACCAGAUCAAGCAGAGGGACUCAGUGCUGGAGCUGAUCAUCAGAGAUGCCCUGCCAGAGGACAGCGGUGUCUACACCUGUGUUUGCAGAGAACAGAAGACAAAGGCCACGGUCAAAGUUAUCGCGGUUCCUGCCACAUUCAAAGUGAGCCUGAAGAGCCAGGAGGCCGAAGAAUCGAGCAGCUUGACCUUACGCUGUGAGCUGUCAAAGAAGGGGGUUCCUGUGGAGUGGAGGAGGGAGGGUGAGCUGCUGUCAGAGGAGGUCUCCCGAGGGAAGUAUCAGAUGAAGCUGGAAGAAAAGAUAGCCGAGCUGGUCAUUCUCAACGUCCAACCAGAAGAUGCUGGGAAGUACAGCUGCAUCGUGGGAGAUGAGAAGACCACUGCUGAAGUUCGAGUGAAACCUCUUCCUGUUACAUUCAAGCGAGAGCUCCAACGUUUGACGGUGAAGGAAGGGGACAGCGCAGUUUUCUUCUGUGAGCUCUCCAAGCCUGGAGCUCCCGUGGACUGGAAGAGAGGCAGAGCCAUCCUCAAGCCUGGAGACAAAUACGAGAUGAGGCAGGAGGGCCGUCUCACUAAACUCAUCAUCAACAACGUAGAGGAGAGCGAUGCUGGCAAAUACACCUGCAAGACUAAAGACAGCCAAUCAACGGCUGAGCUCUCCGUCAAGGAAUCUCCUGAGCGCAGACGAGAAAGAGGUUUACCGCCCAGUUUCAAGCUGCCGCUGGUCAACCAGGAGGUGAUGGAGGGCAACAGUGUUGUUAUGCGCUGUGAGCUGAACAAACCGGCCACCUCGGUGGAGUGGAGGAGAGGAGAGGAGCUGCUGAGGAACGGAGACAAAUACCAGAUGAGGAAGAAAGACCUGCAGGUGGAGAUGAAGAUCGUGGAUGUCAGUCUGGAGGACAUGGGAGAUUAUAGCUGUAUUUGUGGAGAACAAAAGACGACAGCUACUGUCAUGGUGACUGAACGGCCCAUCACAUUCAUCCAGGAGCUGAAGAAUAUUCAGGUGGAGGAGGGCAACGGGGUGACACUCCGCUGUGAGCUCUCCAAACCAGGGGUCCCAGUGCAGUGGAGGAGAAAAGACAGUGUGCUGACCAGUGGAGAGAAAUACCAAAUGAAGCAGAGCGGCUCCACUGUGGAGCUGUUCAUCAGGAAAAGCCAGCCUGAGGACAGCGGGGUCUACAGCUGUGUGUGUGAAGACUUGAAAACCUCUGCCACCAUCAUCAUCACUGCGAUCCCAGUGAGUUUCAAGCAGAAGCUGAAGAACCAGGAGGCUGUUGAGGAGGGCAGUGUGACGCUGCGCUGUGAGCUCUCUAAACCAGGAGUGCCGGUCGAGUGGAGGAGAGACGCCAAGCUCCUGAAGGAGGACAGCAAAUACCAGAUGAAGCAAGAGGGCAGGGUGGCAGAGAUGCUGAUCAGAAAUGUGGCUCUCCAAGACGCCGGGGAGUACAGCUGUUUUGUUGGCACCGUCGUCACCUCUGCUGACAUCAGAGUUCGAGAGCUCCCUAUAACAUUUAAGCAAGAGGUGGAGAAUUUGGUGGUGAAGGAGGGCCACAGUGCAUUUUUCUGCUGUGAGCUCUCCAAGCCUGGAGCUCCUGUGGACUGGAGGAGAGGCAGAGUCAUCCUCAAGCCUGGAGACAAAUACGAGAUGAAGCAGGAGGGCCGUCUCAAUAAAUUCAUCGUCAACAACGUAGAAGAGAGCGAUGCUGGAAAAUACACCUGCAAGACUAAAGACAGCCAAUCAACGGCUGAGCUCACCGUCAAAGCUCUUCCCAUCACAUUCAAGGUGAAGUUGAGAAACCAGAAAGCAGAGGAGGAGAACAGUGUGACGAUGACCUGCGAGCUCUCUAAAGCCGGCCUCGCCGUGGAGUGGAGGAAAGAAGAGGAGCUGCUGAAGAACGGGCUGAAGUACCAGAUCAAAAAGAGAGACAGCGUCAUGGAGCUGACCAUCAGGAACGCCCAGCUGGACGACAGCGGGCUCUACAGCUGCUCCUGCGGCGACAUCAAGACCACAGCCAACAUCACCAUCACACCUAUUCCCAUCACUUUCAAGUUGGGUCUGAAGAACCAGGAGGCCCGAGAGGGAGGGAAUGUGACCCUCCGCUGUGAGCUGUCCAAGGCCGGGGUCCCUGUGCAGUGGUGGAAGGGGGAGGACCAGCUGCAGCACGGGGGGAGGUAUCAGAUGAAGCUGGAUGGGAAUAUAGCUGAGAUGCAUAUCCGAAACAUCCAGCCAGAGGAUGUGGGGGAGUAUAGCUGCGUCUUUGAAGACCAGAAGACAACAGCUGAAGUGAAUGUGAGAGCGGCAGCAUCAGUGUUCUUUGAAAAGGAGCUGGAGAACCAGGUGCUGAUGGAGGGGAAAUCAAUGCUGCUGUCCUGUGAAAUCUCAAGUGCUAAUGUCCCUGUCACCUGGAAGAAGGACAACAGCCUGGUGGAAGAGGGAGGACGUUACAUUGUUAAGAAGAGAGGCCCUUCACACACCCUGGAGAUUAAGAAAUUGUGUCUGGAGGAUGCUGGAGAAUACUGUUGUGUCACCAGAGGCAAAAAGAGCACUGCCAAGCUGAUUGUUAGGGAGCGCGUGCGGAUUAUAACAGAGCUGCAGGACAUGACCGUUACGGCGGGUGAGGACGCGGUGUUUGUAUGUGAGCUGAGCCAUGCAGAUGUGAGCGAGGGCGUCUGGUGGCUGGGCUCCAGUCCGCUGCAAAAGAACGAGAUGAACCAGAUGACGUGCCAGGGUCGCCAGCACCGCCUGGUCCUCACCAUGACAACGCCUGAGGAGACGGGCACCGUUGCAUUUGUGGUCGGGGAGGAAAGGACCUCUGCACGUCUGCUAGUACUGCCCAAACCUAAAGUUUUAUUUGAGGAGAAGCCUCAGGACGUUGUGAUCAUGGAAGGGGAGACAGCCACCUUGUCCUGCAUCACCUCUGACUUCACCACCCCUGUUACCUGGAGACGCAACCAUGUACCUCUCCUAAAUUGUGCUAAAUAUGAAUUACGCAAGGAGGGAAAAAUCAACCUCCUGCUUAUCCAAGAUGCAGAGCCUCUUGACACUGGUAUAUAUUACUGUGAUACAGGAGAUGUGCAGAGCAGUGCCAAACUUACUGUAACAGAGCUUCCUCCAUUCUUCCAGGAGGAGUUGCAGAGUGUGGAGGCUGAAGAGGGAGGUACAGCUUCCCUGUACUGUGAGCUCUCUAAACUCGGGGUGCCCAUACAAUGGAGGAAAAACAAGCUGCCGCUGAGAGCCAGUAGGAAGUAUGAGAUGAAGCAGGAUGGCUGCCUUCUCCAGCUCCUCAUCAAGGAGCUCAAACCUGAAGACAGUGGCAGCUACUCAUGUCAAGCAGGAAGUGCAGAGACCACUGCAACUGUAUCAGUGAAAGAGCCCCCACCCUUUUUCAAGGAUGAAUUGAGGAGUGUGGAAGCAGAGGAGGGAGGUACAGCCUCCCUUUGCUGUAAACUGUCCAAGCCUGGGGUGACGGUACAGUGGAGGAAGAACAGGCUGCCACUGAGAGCCAGCAAAAAGUAUGAGAUGAGACAGGAUGGCUGCCUGCUCCAGCUCCUCAUCAAGGAGCUCAAACCUGAAGACAGAGGCAGCUACUCAUGUCAAGCUGGAAGUGCAGAGACCACUGCAAAUGUGUCAGUGAAAGAGCUCCCUCCAUUCUUCAAGGAAGAGUUGAAGAGUGUGGAGGCUGAAGAGGGAGGUACAGCCACCCUGUACUGUGAGCUGUCUAAGCCUGGGGUGUCGGUACAAUGGAAGAAGAACAGGCUGCCGUUGAGAGCCAGCAGGAAGUAUGAGAUGAAGCAGGAUGGCUGCCUGCUCCAGCUCCUCAUCAAGGAGCUUAACCUUGAGGACAGUGGCAGCUACUCAUGUCAAGCAGGAAGUACAACUACCACUGCAACUGUGGCAGUGAAAGAGCCGCCACCAUACUUCAAGGAAGAGAUGCAGAAUGUGGAGGCUGAAGAGGGAGGUACUGCCUCCCUGUAUUGUAAGCUGUCUAAGCCUGGUGUGUCGGUACAAUGGAAGAAGAACAGGCUGCCACUGAGAGCCAGCAGGAAGUAUGAGAUGAAGCAGGAUGGCUGCCUUUUCCAGCUCCUCAUCAAGGAGCUCAAACCUGAAGACAGUGGCAGCUACUCAUGUCAAGCCGGUGGAGCAGAGACCACUGCAACUAUGUCAGUGAAAGAGACCCCACUGUUCUUCAAGGAGGAGUUGAAGAGUGUGGAGGUUGAAGAGGGAGGUACUGCCUCCCUUUGCUGUAAACUGUCUAAGCCUGGGGUGCCAGUACAAUGGAAGAAGAACAGGCUGCCACUGAGAGCCAUUAGGAAGUAUGAGAUGAAGCAGGAUGGCUGCCUUUUCCAGCUCCUCAUCAAGGAGCUCAAACCUGAAGACAGUGGCAGCUAUUCAUGUCAAGCAGGAAGUGCAGAGACCACUGCAACUGUGUCCGUGAAAGCACUAGAACCUGUCCCACCCAAGACAGAGCCUCCUAAGAUAUUGCCUCGAGCAAAAGGUACUCUUGCUAAACCCACUGCUGCUCAAGAGAGGGACAAGCCUGGCCUCCCAGAGCCCCAACUUGCUCCUCCAGAGCCAAAGAAACAGGGUGAGACACAAACUUCUACUGCAGCAUUAGAUGAAGACCUAGACACCAAGUUUGAGUCAAAACAACCAAUCACAGCAAUGCUGAAUGAGAUUAAUGAAGACAAAAGGGGUAUCCAUCCAGCCAGGUCUAUGGAGGAAGACAUUAAACUUUCAAUGAAAGUGAAUCAGCAAGAAAGGAGAGAGCGGAAUGAUGCAGGAUCACUGGAGAAGGAGAAUGAAGUUGACUGGAAGGUCAACCAGACAGCUGUGCCUCCGGAAAAGAAGAGUGAAGUUGACCAGAGGGUGAGACAGCAAGUAAGGUAUUCUGAGCAAUCACUUGAAGUUGACCAGAAGGUAGAUCAGUCAGAAAGGCUUCUGGAGCAGACUGCAUUUGAACCAAAGCGGAAACAGCCAAGUUACCUGGAGAAGGACAUUGAAGUUGACCAGAAGACUGACCAGAAAACAAAACAACCAACAAGGCCUUUGGAGAAAACAAGUGAAGUUGAUAAGAAGGCGAAAGAACCAAAAACACUCCGGUGGAAUGAUAGAGAAACUGAUAGAGAGAUUGAACAAAUGGAACAGCCCAUGAGAUCACAGGUGAGGUCUGUAAAGAAAGAAACAACGAAGGAACAAGAAGUGAAAUCUGCAGUAAAGGACACUGAAGUAGACACAACAAAAGAGGAACCUUUGAAACCACCCAUAAGAACUAAAGGGAAGGUAACAGAAGGAAAGCAAUCACUGAAGUUUAUCUUACAGGAAACUGAGGACAAACAGUCAUUGACAACAGUGGUAAAUGAUACUAAAGAAGACCAGAAAGAGCAUGUGAAACGGCAGCAAAUGUCCAUAGAGAAAGAGAAGGAGAAAAAGUUGUUGAAACCAGUGUCUUCAAUAGAUCUGUCGGACAAACAGUCUGUGGAACAACCAGAGAAACCAUCAGAAAAAGAGGCUGAAUUUGCACCACCAAAGCCACCCAUGAGGACCAAAGGCAGGGCAAAGGGGGCAAUGGAGAAACGUUUAUCAAGGGACAGUGAGACAGAUCAAGAAGAAAAACAGCUGUCAAAAUCUAUGGUUAAAAAGACUGAUCAACCAAUGAAAGUGUCAGUGAGGACUGUAGAGAAGGAACUUGAAGAGAAACCAAAGAUUGAGAGGAAACAGCCAGAAAGAAAGGAUGCUGAGAUAGCUGAGGAAAUGAAACCACCACUGAAGGCUAUUGAGAAGGAUGCCGAGAACAUACAAUCAGUCAAACAGCCAGUAAAACCAUUGAGAAAAGAACCUCAAACGGACCAGAAACAGUCAGUUAAGCAAAUGGGGAAGGAGAAUGAGCAACCAAAAGUGACAGAAGAUGUUCCUCUUUGCUACAUCUCUGAGGAUGACACCUUCUCAGAUGCUCUGACUGAGGUGAACCACAGCAAAUUUCAGCCCUGUGGCCCACCACCCUCCAUUCUUCCUCCACCUUUUGCACUCCAGAAGCUACAGCCAUCCAAGGAAGUUGCACCAGAGAUAGGCAUCAGUAAUGAAGAUGAACCAGAGAUGCAAGAGGCUGCCAUUAAAAUCCAGGCUGCCUUCAAAGGUUACAAAACUCGCAAAGACAUGCGACCUGUCUUCAGGGAGGUGUUUAAGAAUCAGCAUGCUUAUCUUCGCGGUACAGUCACUCUAGAGUGUAUUGUGGAGGGGAAACCAAGCACAGUGCGCUGGCUGAAAGAUGGCCAGCAAAUAACUGGUGACAAGCGACGACGUAUUGAGACCACAGAGAAUGGUGUGUGCACACUUGUGGUCACUGACCUGACCACGAACGACAGUGGUAUCUAUACAUGUGAGGUGAUCAAUAAGUUUGGUGUGACCUCCUACAAUGGAAAUGUAGUAGUGAUGGAGUCUCAGCCACCUACUUCAACAGCCCAGAGGCCGGUGCACCCACCCCUUGCAGCCAUAACCCCCCUGCAGCCAGCCCCACCAAAGCCUGAAGUUGAGGCCAAUACACAGCCUCAGGCUCACAUUCUGCCCCAGACUCAGGUCCAGAUACCUGCAUCAGGGAAUGAGACCAAGGGCUAUGUGGAAAGUGUGAGUGUGUCUCUGUGGGAAGCCUACAACCUGACAGAGCAGGAUACUCAGAUGAGUCUGCAAGAGAGGAGAUCCUCACUCAUAGCUGCCAGCUCCAUGUCGAGUCCUUCUGACUAUGAAACAGCCCCAGAUAUGGAACCUGUUGAGAUCAGCUCAAAAUUACCCAGGGAAAUUUCAAAACCUGAGGACCAAGUGCCACCAAAGGACGAUAAAGAACAGAUAGCUGCCCCACAACCACCUAAGAAACUUUUGAAGGUUAAAGGGGCUGAAACUAGAAUGAGGGUACCAUCUCCAAAGCACCAUCGUGCCCACACACCUUUAACUGGCACUGCCUCUGCAUCAGAAUCAGAUGGAGAAGAGGACAGAGGAGAGACAUUUGAAAUGUAUGUGGCGAGGGCUGACUGCUCUCCUAACAGUGGAAGUAAGGACAGUUUUGUUCUGAAGGAGGGUCAGUUUGUAGAGGUCCUGGACUCUGUCCAUCCUGACAAAUGGUUGAUAAGGACCAAGCCCACCAAAACCUACCCUGCACGACAGGGAUGGGUCUGUCCAGCAUACCUGGAAAAGAAGAGAAAGGAGACCUUCCCACCAGUGAGAGCAGCUCAAGAGGAGCUUGAUGGAAUAGGGUCUACAGGAGAGGAGUACAGGAGGACUCUCAGUCAGCUGAUCCAAGGUCUGAUCGCUGGGGAACAGGAGUUUGUAAAGGAAAUGAGGAUGUUCACCUCUCACCUUUUGCAUCAUCUGGAGACUAGCCACCAUAUCCCCAUUAAUAUCCUCAACCAGAAAGAGACUAUUUUCAGGAACAUCAAGGACAUCGUGGAUCUACAUGAGAGUUGCAUCCUGCCUAGUCUGAGUGAGUGUGCUACAGACGAUGACGUGGCCAUGCAUCUUAUCAAACACACUGAAGACUUUGAGAAGUAUCUUCACUACAUGGUGGGACAAACACAAGCAGAGGCCUGCGUCACCGACAAGGCUAUCCAACAGUAUUUCAAAGAAUCCAUCGAUACUGGCAACCCUGAGGCUGAAGUCAUGGAUGUUCUCACUUUCCUCCAGAGACCAGUAGAGAGGAUUCAGACCUACAAUGCAUUACUCAAGGAGUUAAUCAAGAACAAAGCCAAGAGUGGCCAGAGCUGCUGUCUGUUGGAGGAUGCCUUCUCCGUGGUGUCCUGUUUACCGUGGAGGUCUGACAACAUGCACCAAGUCUCCCUCAUAGAAAACUACCCAGCACCCCUCACCGCCCUCGGGGAGCCCAUCCGACAGGGUGUCUUCACAGUAUGGGAGGAAUCGCCAGACAUUAAGACGGCCUCUAGAGGGCAUCAGAGACAGGUGUUUCUCUUCAAGGAGUGUAUCAUACUGUGCAAGUUGAAAAGAGACCCUGGCAUGAGCACUGACACCUACACCUUCAAGAACAAAAUGAAGCUGAAUGAUGUGGAGGUGAAGGAGACUGUGGGUGGAGAUGAAAAGUCCUGGGGCUUGUGGCAUGAGCACAGGGGCUCAGUGAGGAGGUACACACUGCAGGGCCGCUCCACCCUGGUUAAACUCUCCUGGCUCAAGGACCUGAGAGAGCUUCAGCAACGUUCAAGCCUGUCCACCAACAGCCCACCAGUGUUUGAGUUACUUCUGUCUGACUACACCACAAAGACUGGAGAGACAAUCAAACUGACCUGCAGGGUCACCGGCUCUCCUAAACCAGUGGUCACCUGGCUCAAAGAUGGUCUUCCUUUGGAGGACGACCCGCACCACAUCAUCACGGCAGAUCGGACAGGCACCUGCAGUCUCAUUCUGGAUGGCCUGACGGCAGAAGACUCUGGCCAGUAUGUGUGCUAUGCCACCAGCUGCAUGGGCAAUGCUAGCACACUGGCCAAGGUCGUGGUGGAGGCUCCACCCAGAUUUGUGAGUCGGCUGGAGAGCGCUUGCCUGAUGGCGAGUGAAGAUAUCCAGUUCACCUGUUCCACACUCACUACUCCCUUGCCCCGAAUCAGGUGGUUGAAAGAUGGCAAAGAGCUGACCGAGCAGCAGAAAUACCACAUAGUGAACGACGCCCGCAGUGGAAUCCUGUCUCUGACAAUAAUCAGUCCCACAGAGGCAGAUAUUGGACUGUACGAGUGUGAGCUUUCCAAUGAGUUGGGCUGUGUCAAGUGCAAGGCAGGGCUGUGCCCCGCCUACGUACCAUCGAUUGACAUCGAGAAUGACCAACCACAGGACUUGUCUCCCAAAGAUGCGGAUUCAGAGGGUUGGUCCACUGCCCUUGUGAAGAAAUGGUUACAGACGGACAUCAGCCCCACCUCUAUUGCUAAGAUGCCUCUCACCCCUGGAUACUCUGAACAACCUGAAUAUAUCCCUGAGGAAGCUGCUGCUGCCACUACAUCCAUGAGGCAGAUGGUCCAGGAGCCUCUGUACUACCCAGAGGAAGAGGAGGAAGAGCUCUACAUCUCAGAGCCAAUGCAGGAGAUUCUAGAUGUUCCUCCCUCCAUUCAUGUACCCCCUGAGGACCUGUGUGUAGAGCCCGGCCAAUCAGCUACCUUCACUGCCAUCAUCACAGGAAGGCCCACCCCACAGAUACAGUGGUACAAGGAUGGGGAGGAACUUUCUGCCAGUGAGAAUGUGGAGAUAAUACAGCAUGGUGCCCGCUGUGCAGUGACCAUACUGUGUCCAGAGGGUGAGGACAGUGGCAUAUACACCUGCUUUUCCUACAAUGACUCCGGACAUGCUUCAUGUCAGGCCCAGCUGACAGUAGAAGAAGGGUUACUGGAGUCUCAGGAGAGAGAGGUGGAGUUGGGCAAGAGAAGGAAAUUAUUCUCUGUCUAUGAUGUUCAUGAGGAAAUUGGAAGGGGUACCUUUGGGGUAGUGAAGCGUGUGAUCCACAGAAGAACAGGUGAAGUCUUUGCUGCUAAGUUCCUACCACUGAGGAGCAGCACGAGGACCAGGGCCUUCCAGGAGAGGGACUUACUGUCCCGUCUGGCUCACCCCAGAGUGGCCUGCCUGCUGGACUUCUUCUGCACCAGACGCACUCUGGUCUUGGUCACAGAAAUCUGCUGCUCUCAUGGACUUCUGGACCAUUUACUGCUGAAGGGAUCAGUCAAGGAGAGAGAGGUUCAAUUGUAUAUCCAGCAAAUCCUAGAGGGAGUCGGUCACAUUCACAGCAUGAACAUCCUGCAUCUGGACAUCAAACCUGAGAAUAUCCUGAUGGUGUACCCACCCAGAGAUGAAAUCAAGAUCUGUGACUUUGGCUUCUGCCAGGAAAUAGACACAUCCAGACACCAGUACAGCAAAGUUGGUACACCAGAGUUUGUUGCCCCUGAGAUUGUUCACCAAGAGCCAGUCACUGUAGCCACUGAUAUUUGGUCUGUGGGUGUUAUGGCCUAUUUAUGUCUGAUGUGCCGAUGCCCAUUUGUGGGUGAGACGGAUCGUGCUACGCUGCUGAGAGUGGGUGAGGGGACCCUGAACUGGGAUACCCCAGAUGUUCUGUGCAGGAGUUCUGAGGCCCAGGAUUUCCUCCGUAUGGUCCUGCAGCCAGAUCCAGAGAAGCGACCAUCUGCCUUUGAGUGUUUAAGCCAUGAAUGGUUCCAGGAUGAAACUGCAGGAGAAGACACUGAUGAAAUCAACAUUAGGAGUUUGAAAGUCUUCAUUUCAAGAAGGAAAUGGCAGCGCUCCUUGACCUGUAUUGGUUCAGUGCUGACCUUGAGGCCCAUCCCUGAGCUACUGGAUGCCCCUCUCCGAGAGACCGCGGUCACUGUGCCCCGGGAGCCCCAGGAGCACAGCAGUACAUCUGUGAGCAGUGGCUCAUCAUCUGAGUACGAUGAGGCUGACUCUUGGGACUUCUUCCAGCACUGCAGCCCUACAGAGGAGGAGGAGGAGACAGAGGAGGACUAUGACCCUCUAAUGGAGAGAGCGCAGAUCCCUGAGCCAUUUGCCAAACUCCACCUAGAUGCAGAGGAAGGAGGGGAAUCAACAUUAGGGGAGGAAGAGGAUGGGGAAAUGAGUGGAAGGAGGAGUGUACUAGAGAGGAGUCUAAGCAGGCUUUCAGUAGGGUCCUCAGACGUGUCGUGCCAACACACACCCCAAAGGGAGCGUAGGUUCAGCAUGGAGAGUAGUCCAUCCCUUUACCUUUCUGAAGGAGACGAGGGUUCAGGUAGUGAGGGGGGUCGUAUCCCCCGUGGCAGCGUCAUUCGCAGCACUUUCUACAACACAUCUCAGCAGCUGUCACCCAUGUCUGCCAGACACAUGACGCUGAGGGACAAAUUCCAGGCCAAAAAGCAAGAGAGAGGUCGCAAGCCACUCCGCAGAAGCCUCUCGGGACGUCUAAAUGAGCCUCUCAUUGAAUAUGUGGAGGACGAGACAGAGGCCAACCGUAGUCAGAGACGGGGGUCAGUCCAGCCUGCCAUUCAGAAGUCAUGUUCCUUUGACAGUGGAGUUGGUCUCACCCAUUCCAACUUGCCUCCUCAGAGAAGGAGCAGGUCUCUUGAUCGGUAUUCUCAACCAUCUCCCAGCUCACCGAAGCGCAACAAGCUAGGUGAAGAAGAGGGCACUCAGAGUCUGAGGGAUACUUUUACAAAAGAUGAAAUAGUGGACAAAACCUUGUUGGCCCCUCCAAGUGCUGGAUGGGCAACCAGAAGAAGGGGCUCUGUUGCGCCCACACAGGGGAAUCGCACACUUGGUGGAGUUUCUGUUGGCUCAAGCCUCCUCGCUGGAGACAGAAGGAGCCCCAUGUUGGAUCAGGAACAGAGGGAGGUGGAAAACCUUACUGGCUCUCAGGGUUCUCUGGCUGAGUCAUUUAUUUUGGAGCAUGGUGGCUCAGAGUCUUCCAGUAGACUUGACUCCUGUGAGGACCUGAGUCAUGGUCAUCCCACAGCCAGAUACAGAUCAGGGACAAGAGAAGGAUAUGAUGACCAGGAGGAGCCUCUUAUCUCACCGUCCCCUCGUUCUCUCCAGCAGAAAUCUGAAUCGAGGGGCGCUUUUCCUCAGGCACCACCGCGGAACCGCACACGCUCCAACCCGAACUUAUCUACAAGGAGUAAUGGUCAUCUGGAGAAAAUCCUGCCAGUGAGACCCAGCCCCAGUCCGAGCCUCUCUUCUCUCCAGGCCCCAGAGAGGCCUCCCAGAGCCAAGGACAAGAGGGAAGGCCAUGCCCUCCAGAGGCACGCAUCAGCUCCAGCCCUUGAUGUCAGACCACCCACAGGAAAGUCACCCAAGCUGGGACUACUAAAUAUCUUCCGCAGGCAGUCCUGGACAGGCCAUUCCUACUCGCAGCUGGAGGACGCAGAGUUGGGACCGACGCUAGGAGAAAUCAUGAAGCCAGACACCCCCACCAUGUCUCUGAGGAAGAGGAUGAGAGCAUCAGCCUCCAGCCUGACAAAGCUUUUUACCAAGUCCUCUAGUAAGGAGGACCUGAAUACAGGAGGACCAAUAGUAAAAGGAUCCACUCCCGUCCCACCUGAAAGGGGCCGUAGCACUGGUCUUGAGAGCCCGAAAAAGAAGACCUCCAAACUCUUGUCCUCCUUUAAAAUACCUGCGUUCAAGAAGACUAAAGAACUUUCGGUCCGUCCCAACAGGCCUGAUGUGAUCCAGCUGGACGGAGGUGGAGUCCUGUUGGUGUGGAGGCCAGUCCUGUCCACUGACACUGCUGUUUACUGUGUACAAUACUGCACAGAUGGUGGGGAAUGGAGGGUCCUGUCCGAGGAGGUGACCGACAGCUGUUUUGUGGUGAGGGACUUACCUAGAGGAGCUUCUUAUGUGUUCAGGGUGGGCUGCAUCACCAAGACAGGAGCAGGACCUUUCAGUGACUCCUCGCCGCCUGUUGUUAUGGCUACUCAUCCUGAAGAGACUCACAUUCCUCUCAUCCAGACUGAGUCCCUGGGGUCAAAGGCCGGUGGGUCAGCAACACACAAGACAUACAGCUUCCUGUCUGAGAUCAACAGGGGUCGCUUCAGUGUGUUGGUCCAGUGCAGAGAUGAGCAGAGCAGGCAAAUGUUUGCUGCCAAGAUUACCCCUUACCAGGCGGAGCAGAGGCAGCUGGUGCUGAGGGAGUACCAGCUGCUGAAGAGGCUCCACCACUCCCACCUGGUCCAGCUGCACACCGCCUACAUCACUCCCUGCUCCCUGGUGUUAGUGGAGGAACACUGUCCUGGUGAAGAGCUGCUCUACAGCCUCGCUGCAAGAGAUGUGUAUGCAGAGACUGACGUUGCUGAGCUGCUGGUUCAGAUCCUGAGCGCUGUCGACUACCUGCACGGCCGCCGUGUCAUCCACCUGGACCUCAAGUCGGACAACAUGCUGGUGAGCGAGCGCAAGCAGCUGAAGAUUGUUGACUUUGGCUCGGCUCAGUCCUUCACCCCCGGCCAGCCGCUCCACAUCGAGCACCUCCAGGGCCUGUCUGAAAACAAAGAAAGCACCAGCAAAGUUUACAUAGUUCUUCCCAAAGCUCCAGAAAUCCUGGAGGGACAGGGCGUUGGGCCCGAGACGGACAUCUGGGCUGUGGGAGUUCUGGCUUUCAUCAUGUUGAGUGCCGACAGCCCUUUCCACGCAGACCUCAGCUGGGAGCGAGACCGAAACAUCAAGAAAGGAAAGAUCCAGUUUGGACACUGUUACCCUGGUCUGUCAGAGGGAGCCAUAAACUUCAUGAAGAGCAGUCUGAACAACAAAGCCUGGGGGAGACCCACCGCAGCCGAGUGUCUCCAGAACCCUUGGGUGCGUGGCCAUGGCACUCUGUCCAAACACAAAGACUCCAUGGUGUGUUUCUCCACAGACAAGCUCAAAGCUUACCUCAAGGAGAGGAAGAUCAAACGAGACCAGGUCCGCACCAAACUCCAGGGGCCUUUCUUCCAGUGACACAAACUAGAACACGACGUGUGAUUUGCUCUCCCAAAACCAUUUUGGCAUUGAAGCCGUGAGGUUUAUUUGUUUCUGUGUGGCUGUCCUCUGCCUAGCUAGAGCAGGGCUAGAUACUGUAGUUAAAAAUUAUUAUAUUAUCCUCUGAUUGUGAAAAUGUGAUGCGUCUUAAUAACUGUUCAAAGUGUACAUAUACAUUUGGUUGUAUAUGUCCAAGUGUGCGGGAUUUUCUUGCUUUGGUUUUUAUGGAAACAUAUCAGGGAAAAGAUUUAAUCCAUGCAAUGCGUGCGUACUGAUGCAUGAGUUGUAAAGUCUUGAUGCUGUGAUGUAAGAAACUGGUUUAUUUUGCUGCUUUGCAACAGUGCAGUGAUAUUACAAAGUGGCAAAUGUUUGCAAGCUCCUCCUAUAGAUAUGAACCACAUAUUUUUGGGUGAUUUACUUUUCAUGGAUUUACAUCUUCUGUCAUAUGGUUGUAAUGUAUAAAUGAAAAAAAAAAUUGAUUUGAAGAAAAAUUAUUUAUUCUAGAUUUCCAGGUUUUAUGCUGCAUAAUGUCAUUGGGUCUCCAACCCAAUCAAAGGGCUUAUUGAAUAAAAGAUCAAUUAAACAGAACAAAAGUGGCCA